AUGGCCGCACCAUCGGAGAAGACGAUCAGGUCUUUGGACGGCAAAUGGAUUAUAAACAAAACUCUCUCCGACUCCACGGACCCGGUCCUCGCGCUCCAAGGCAUGGGCUGGCUAACCCGCAAAGCCAUCGGGCUCGCUACUGUAACCCAACACCUAAAAUCCUACACAGAACCCCCAGAAGAUAAUCCCACCGGCGCUCCCAUCACGCACAUUGAGAUCCAGCAAACCGCCUCCGGCGGCCUAAAAGGCACCUCCGAAAAACGCAUUCUCGACUGGCAAUUCCGUCCUCACUCUGACUACCUCUUCGGCGAUCUGCGAGGCAGAAGUCGCUGGAACACCCUGACGAAGCUGAAGGAGGAGUAUGCGGGGAAGGCGUUGGAACAGGAUGCGGAGUUUCUUUGUGAGGGCUGGUUGGAGGAAACAGUGAAUGGGGAGGUGGUGGAUAGUUUUGUAGAGAAUGAGGGGAAGGGUUGGACGGCGUGGCAAAUUUGGGGGUUUGCGGAAGUGGACGGGGUGAGGAUGUUGACGAGGCGGUUUGUAGUUAGGAGAGGUGAGGAGGCGAAGAGUUGUCGGUUGAUAUAUGAUUGGGCGGGGCCAUUGGCUUAG